AUGCUACAAAACUACAAGCUCAGCAACAGGCUUAGGAAGCUCAAUAAGUCCCGGUUCCUAUGCCUGCCCGUGGCUAAGAUUGGGAUUGGUAUUGAUUUGGACGAGCUAUAUAAUGCGCUGGAUCGGGACCCAUUGCGCAUGGGUUGGUUCGCUAAUGGCCUCUCUGAGGUUUGGCUGGAGAAAAGGCAGGAAGUAAUACAGGAAGUUUGA